CUAACCGUACCGUCGUACUUGAUCUUGAUCUUGCAUUUCUGUCGGUUUGAAUUCAUGGUCUCUUCCUCCCCUGCCGCUCUGCACGUCCCGCCGGCAGCAGUAGCAGCAGUCCCGACGCACGCACUCGCCCACCGCCACUCAACAACAUCUUGAAGUCUUUUUGGCACAAACAACCUCCCCACCACGCCAGCACUCAUCGACAUGGAGAACACACCUACGUCUAUCUCUAUCCCUGAGCACCGCCAUCGGCCGGGCCAGGCCGAGGCCGGAUCCUCACCCUCGUCGUACUCGAGCUCGCCGAGUUCGCCAGAGCCAAAGACGCCGUCUCGGUCGUCGCAUAAUCAGAAGUCGCUGCAUGCCAGACGGCCGAGCCUGCUGAGCUCCGCGUUCACGCAGCAGGAAUGUACGACCAUCAAGAUUGCUGACAGCCCCAAGGGGCCCCUGCGACUGAUCACCUACCUCUCUUCCGGUCAGGGCUUCGUCUGGAAUCCCGAGAUCUUCGUGCCAUCGUUCUGCGACUACGACUACGUGCCACUCGAGCAGCGCCGCGACCCGGUGCACGAGAUCCACCUGAGCGACGAGGAGAUCAGGAAGAUGCUGCCUCAAUAAACGAAGAACACGGAUACCAACAACGCAAAAUGGCAUGCGUUGAUAUAGGUGUACAACACGGCACCUACUACACGGGUAGUCACCAGACCAGUUUAUAAUGCGCGAGCAACUCUGGUUUGGGUUGCCAGAGACAGCAGCGGUGGGAACUUGGUCCGAGGUGAUCGUAUUUCUAGCAGGGGUCCUAUGGUUCAGCAUCGCAAGGCGGCCACCACUUUUUGAGGUCUCAUUUCGGGACCUCCAGGCGACAUCGGGAGUUUGAAACAGUUUGUGGGCAGGGGAAACGGUCCGUCAUUUAUAUCCAUGGGGAGUUGUUGGUUUUGGGCAUUCUCAUCUCGUUUCUUUAUGGUGC